CUAGAGGAGAGAGAGAGAGUGAGGGACAGACGCGGGCGGGAGGGAGGGAGGAGAGGAGCAGAGUCUCAGCCCAAACAAAAGCAGGACACCGAGCUGCUGUGUGCAACUUCCCCGCUCCGGUACAGACCCCACCCUCCGGGAGAGCUCCCGGUGUCAGCCCGCCUCCGCCUGGAUCGUUCCCCCGCUCUGCUGGACUUCUCCGGAUCUGGACGGAUUCCUGCGCCCUGGGAUUAAAAGGAGGGACCCACAACAAAGGCAGGAGAGAGAGAAGAACAAUAAGAGUUCCCUGUGCGCUGCAACAGCACAGCACAGGGUGCUGCAGAGCAGGGCUCGCUCCUGGAGAUGGAUGAUCAGCCCCGGCUAAUGCACAGCCACCCUGGGGUGGGGAUGGCAGGUCACCCCAGCCUGUCCCAGCACAUGCAGGAUGGCACCGGGGCCAGCGAGGGGGAGGGGGGCAGAAAGCAGGACAUAGGGGAUAUAUUACAGCAAAUUAUGACCAUCACUGACCAGAGUCUGGAUGAGGCACAGGCCAGAAAGCACGCCCUGAACUGCCACAGAAUGAAGCCUGCACUCUUCAAUGUGCUUUGUGAAAUCAAAGAAAAGACAGUGCUAAGUAUUCGGGGAGCACAAGAGGAAGAGCCUCAGGAUCCCCAGCUGAUGCGAUUGGAUAACAUGCUUUUGGCAGAGGGUGUAGCAGGUCCAGAAAAGGGAGGUGGUUCGGCGGCAGCCGCAGCAGCAGCUGCCGCAUCAGGUGGAGCAGGAUCAGACAACUCAGUGGAACAUUCCGAUUACAGAGCCAAAUUAUCCCAAAUCCGGCAAAUCUACCACACAGAGCUAGAGAAGUAUGAACAGGCCUGUAAUGAAUUUACUACACAUGUGAUGAAUCUGCUACGGGAACAGAGCAGGACCAGACCCAUCUCUCCCAAAGAGAUUGAACGCAUGGUCGGAAUUAUCCACAGGAAGUUUAGCUCUAUCCAGAUGCAGCUCAAGCAAAGCACAUGUGAAGCUGUCAUGAUCCUGCGUUCUCGCUUCUUGGAUGCACGGCGGAAGAGAAGAAACUUCAACAAGCAAGCUACAGAAAUUUUGAACGAGUAUUUCUAUUCACACCUCAGCAACCCAUACCCCAGCGAAGAGGCCAAAGAGGAGCUAGCCAAGAAGUGUGGCAUCACCGUGUCACAGGUUUCAAACUGGUUCGGAAAUAAGCGAAUCCGCUACAAGAAGAACAUAGGUAAAUUUCAAGAGGAAGCCAAUAUUUAUGCUGCCAAAACAGCUGUGACUGCUACCAAUGUGUCAGUUCACGGAAGUCAAGCCAAUUCGCCCUCAACUCCCAGUUCUGCUGGAAGCAAACAGACGGAACGCGGGGCAGUGCAACCACAAAACAAAAUGCAGUUCCUGUCACCACAGAACCUCGGUUCUUCCAGUUCUUUUAACAUGUCAAAUUCUGGAGAUUUGUUCAUGAGCGUGCAGUCUCUCAAUGGAGAUUCUUACCAAGGUGCCCAGGUUGGAGCCAACGUACAGUCACAGGUGGAUACCCUUCGCCAUGUUAUCAGUCAGACAGGCGGAUACAGUGAGACUCUGACAGCGAAUCAGAUGUACAGUCCGCAGGGCAUCAGUGCUAACGGAGGGUGGCAGGAUGCAGCCACUCCUUCGUCUGUGACUUCCCCUACAGAAGGACCUGGCAGCGUUCAUUCUGAUACCUCCAACUGAGCACCCGGCUCCUGAAAUUCCACUUUUGAAAGCCAGAUUCCAUCCCUUCCCUCUCACUCCAGAUGGCCACUGUGGGAAUGCAGAGAGAACAAAACAACCUCUUGGCAUACUCCAUUAGCUUCUCCGUCUCCCCUUCAUUAGUAACAGCCUCAUCUCCCCAUUUCAUGCCUAAAUUUGUGUCAGUGAUUCACAGUUCUAUCCCUCUCGCUCCUUAACUGAUUUUCCAAAUUAUUCGAAAAGAGAAAUUGGGGUCAGAAGCAGUUGACUACCAAAUGCAUUAAACAUUAAUUAAUGUUAAUUAGUCAUUUAAAUUUAAGUGUGGCUGCACAUUUGCACAGAAACAGCUAUGAUUAAUCCCUCUAAAAAUAAUUACUUACAAACUUGAAAAUAUUUAUGGAACAAAAAAAAUUAAGCAGUAUGCUUGAUUCAGUUGCUGUUAACAUUUAGCUCUUCUGUACACACUUAAAUUGUAGCUGAGGGACACAAACUCCUUAAAUGUGUUUCCUAUAUAGAAGAAUAGCCUAUUGGAUCAUGUUACAGUACUGAGCCCUGGAUACCGCCACAUUAGUAACCUCCAGCUUCUCCAGAAUGCUCACUCCAUUCACUUUUGAGUGGUACCAUCUGUCCUGCUGGCUCCUUGUUUGUCAUCUAUUUGCUGUAAGAUAUAUAGACCAUCAUGAAGAACCUCUAGAGAGCUAGCUUCUUGAGGAUCACUUGAUAUGCAUUAAGUACACUAACCAAAGGCUGUUUACAUUAAAAGAACAUGGACAGGUGAAACCAUUUCCACGAUGCGUUGGUACUAGAACUAGUUUGGACAUAUUGCGUAUGUCGAUAAAACUUCAUUUUGCAUUGAUCUUAAACAGUCCUAUUCUCCAGACAGCAGUUGUUUCCCAAGAACAGUGCCACGUCCUCUGGUAACUAUCUUUCUUGGACAACUGUAUACAGAGUACAACAGAUAUCCCUACAAACCUUGACCUCAAGUCACAGCUCCGUCCACUGAAAAUAUUCUCUGAAUUGAACAUUGGACCAUAUCUCUAAUCAAAUCGCCAGGAUCUGUAUGCUCUCAUCAUGCCUUGGAUGUCUAACUGUACACACUGAAUUAUCUUCUAGUCAUUUCACCACCAGCUUCUGCACAUGGCUAUUAUCUUUUCUCGUUUUCAUUGAAGGAUAUUCUUGAAGACAAAAAUGGCCUCUCUAUUACCCUUCAGUCCAGACCACUUUACUCCACAGCUUCUGACCGUCCCAUAUAGAUUGUACUUCUCUAAAUCACUAUUUCUAAACCUUGCUUCAUCCUGUGACUUAUGAUUCUGUCAAGGAAUUGUUGUCCAAUGUUGGUUCAUUUUCUGGACAUCAUUACAUUACUGAUUAAUCUUCCUGUCUGGCAGUUUUUUUUAUAGGCACCUGUAUGGGGUGUCCUAAAUUCAUGUUUGAUACCAAAAAUCCGCAUGUACUCACACAGAAGAAAGACGGACACAGAGGGAAGUGCUCAGCUUUAUUAACAUUCACUGCGGUUUCACAUAACCUGUGUAUCGUCGAUUGUUAUAUUUGAGAUAAACAUUUGAUGCUGGAUGUUCUUGUAUAUUCUGAAGAAAAGAAAAAAAAGACACAACAUAAAGAAAAAGACAUCGAGCAGCCAAAAAAAAAUUGUCCUGGGUUUAAUAAUGUUUAUUACUAAAAAGAGAGAAAAAAAAAACAAAAAAAAAAAAAAAAAGUCCUGUUGCAGAGAUCACACCCGUUUAGCAUGGAAAUAGGUUGCUGAUUUCUAUUUUAUGUCUUUCAUAUUUCUUGCUUAGUUUUAACACAAAAAAACAAAACUACCUACAUGUGAUUUUAUUUUAUUCUUUUUUUUUUUUUUUUUUUUAACACCGCGCGUUUGUGAGUUAUAACGCAAUGCUAGAUAAAUGUAGUUGGGCACCUUUUUAGUUUUUUUUUUUUUUCAUUUGUUUCUUUUCUAAUGGGUGGGGUGAGUGGGUGGGCAAAGGGUUUGGGUUUUGGGCAAAUUGGGGAUGGUUUUGGGGAAAAGGGCGGGGUAAUUUUCCAAAUAUGACCCCUUUACAGCCAGAGGUGUCUAAUAUAUAUGCUGUUAUUUGCCCCUCUGGCAGAAACGGGGUUAAUGAAGCAGACUCAAAGAUUCUGCUAGCUAAACCCAUUUUGUAAACUAAAGUUAAAAAUAAAAAACAAAAAAGUAUGAAAAAAAUGUUGGAAAAAAAGUUGGAAUAGUUAAACAUUAAUAGGUACAUCAUAUAAUGUACAUUUAAUAACUUUUCUGAGAACCAGAAAUAAAUUCUUUUUUUUUCCUGUU